UUCACCCACUGCUGGGCUGAUUACUUCUCUUGGCUAACCAGACUGGCGGAAAACGUUCCUUUUCUGUUCUCUCUUUCACAAUGAUCCAUGCACUCUCAAAGCCUUGAUUGCCGUGUUUCUUCCCAUGGUUCUUUUGGGCUGAAGUUCUUCAAGAAAUUUUCAGCUGAGGGCGACCCCCAAGUGGAUUAAGUGAUAAGGUGAACAUUGCACUGGGGUGCCUGCCCUAGGAGCUCUGCUGAGUCAGGAGGAAAGAGAUUUAGGGGGCCUGCUCUUGGAGGAAAUAAGGUUUGGCUUACCACUUCUCUGCUCAUGGCUGCCAAGAAAGAUUCAACUUAUGACUGUUCCCACGUGAUUGACCACAGCCACAUCCCGGAGUUUGAAGUGGCCACCUGGAUCAAGAUCACUCUCAUCCUUGUCUACUCUAUCAUCUUUGUGAUGGGUAUGCUCGGGAAUGGGGUCACCAUCCGCGUAACUCAAUUGCUUCAGAGGAAAGGCUACUUGCAGAAGGCAGUUGCAGACCAUAUGAUGAGCUUGGCUUGCUCUGACAUCUUGGUCUUCCUCAUUGGCAUGCCAAUGGAGUUCUACAGUAUCAUCUGGAACCCUCUGACCACGACUAGCAAUAACUGGUCCUGCAAGGUGCACACUUUUCUCUUUGAAGCAUGCAGUUAUGCCACCCUCCUGCACGUGCUGACUCUCAGUUUUGAGCGCUAUGUGGCCAUCUGCCACCCCUUCAGAUACAAGGCAGUCUCGGGAUCCUGUCAGGUAAAGCUACUGAUCUGCUUUGUCUGGGUCACCUCCGCUGUGGUGGCAUUACCCCUGAUUUUUGCUAUGGGCAUCGAGUACCCUCUGGUGCAGGUGCCCAACCACCGUGGCAUCCUUUGCAAUCGUUCUCGGAAUCAACACCUUGAGCAUCCCGAGACUUCCAACAUGUCCAUUUGCACCAGCCUCUCCAGCCGCUGGACAGUUUUCCAGUCCAGCAUCUUCAGUGCCUUCAUCAUCUACUUUGUGGUCCUGAUCUUGGUGGCCUUCAUGUGCCGAAAUAUGAUGCGAGUGCUAAUGAAAGGGAAGAAGGGCACCCUGGCAGUGAAAGGGCAGCAUCAGCUGAGGAAGACAGAGAGUGAUGAAAGCAAAGUAGCCAGGAAGCAGACCAUCAUCUUUCUAGGACUGAUUGUUGUGACUCUAGCAGUAUGCUGGAUGCCAAACCAGAUUCGAAGGCUCAUGGCUGCAGCAAAACCGAAGCAGGAUUGGACUCGCUCCUAUUUCAGGGCAUACAUGAUUCUCCUUCCCUUUGCCGAUACCUUCUUUUACCUCAGCUCCGUCAUCAACCCGCUCCUAUACAACAUCUCGUCAAGGCAGUUCCGCGAGGUGUUCCGGCAAGUUCUCUGCUGUCACUUGACUCUGGAGCAUGCCAACAGAGAGAAACUGCUCAGGGCCCAUUUGAAUUCCACAACCAGCAGUGGCCGCUCUGCCCGCCCAUUGAUCUUCAUUUCAUCAUGGCACAAUGCCUCUGCAAGGAGAACUAACAAGGUUUGCUUAAGCACUUUUCAGAGUGAGGCCAAGCCUCAGCAAUUGAGUCUUGAAUCACUAGAGCCCAACUCAGAAAGCAAACCACUGGAGGUUGUUCCUGAGCCCACUCUGGGUGCAGAGAACAACCUGAGGGAAAAUGAAGUAUGAAUUCCAAAUAAGGCAGUCCUUACUAAGUGACCCCGCUCCCAUCCCUGCAACCCCUCAAAACAAACAAAAGAAACCACUGAGGAAAGAAAGUCGGGAAACUCAACAAAAUAAAGUGAUCCACCUGGAUGCCAUUAAGUGCUGAUUUUUGAAAAAGUUGACCUGGUUUCUAAUAACACAAAGGGAACAUAUGAUUUCCAGAAUCCCUCAUCUUCUACCUGCCACCCCCUUUUUAAGUGCACAUUGAAAAUUCAGUCAAAGGUUACAAAAAUGUUGCUUUCUGGGAUUUUCCUGACCAGCCCCCUUUUACACCGAGCUCUUUCAUUAAGGAAGCAAAGGAAAAAUAUAACAGAGGUCCUGCUAUAGGAGCAUUGUUUCAGAAGAUAAACAAAGGAGUUCAGGGAGGACAGAGAGCCAAAUGAACAAGAGUCGGGGUUGGAGGGAGCAUCCUUCUCUUUCAGCAGUGCACUGAGAAGAAGGCCAGUUUCAAGAGAAGAAUGGUGGUGGGGAGCCUUGCCCUUGGCAUUGCGGCCGAGCUGCCCCUUUUCUUGGGCCGUGGCCCAUUGCAGAGGGAGGAUUUACAGCAGCUGAUACAGACUGAGUUCAAUUUCCCUGGGGAACAGAAGGAUUGGUAUCCAGCUGAGGCAAUGAGACAGGCAGCAGACGAUGCACAGGACUUGCGAUACAGGAUGCCUGGAACACAAAACCAAAAGGCACUUUCCAUGACCAUGUAUAACAACACGCCCAGAGCCUCUGAACUUCUCCCUGCCCGCUCCCUAACUCCCAGAGACCCCACACCCACUGGACAACCUGACUAAGUCAGUGAGAUGAUUUCCAGUUUUGCCCAAAGAUAUCCCCCUGCUUCUUUGCAACAAAAUCUUAAAAGGCAAUUUUAGUCACAUCAAACAAGAAAAUGUAUCCAAUUGAAUCAAUCGCUAUGGAGGUCAUGAUGUAAUUUUGUAUUUUAAAACAGUUAAGACUAGUUUUCUGUUACAGAUGUGGCAGAUUUAGUUACAGUAUUGUUUGGUACAGAGUUCAAUGUACAUGUGUAUAUAUAUUUACACACAUGUAUAUACUCACAAUAUACACAUAGGUAUUUUUAACUGCUAACCUUAGUGAACCACAUUCUGUUAAGGAGUUGGAUAUGUUUGCUCUUUGAAUCAAAUGAACCUCCUAUGCAAAUAAUAAGAACUCCUUUUGGCCACUGAAGCAGUCACCUGAGAUAGCUAGGUGCCAUUUGCCUAAAAUUCUUCAUUUUCAGGACAAAGACUGCAGAGAAAAACUAGCAUAUUAUUUACCAAAUUUCUAUAGGAAAGCAAAUAUUCAAAACCUGUCAUCAUUCAUGCUAAGGACAAAAUAACUUUUAAACAACAUACACAAGAAGCAUGAUGGCUAAAAAUCAUCAAGUCAGAUUGCCAGGCAAUCAAAUACCAAGUAUUUAUUAAGCACCUACCGUGUGUCAGGUACUAGGGAUUAUACUGAGAAAAGUGCCUGCAAAGAUUUUACUUUCUAAAAGGAGAGGCAACAUGCACAUAAAGAAGGAGAUUAAAAUAAAAACAAGGUAAUGGAAGAGAGGGGGAAAUUGUCUCUUUCAUUCUGAAAGAGAGAGCCAUGGUGUAGUGGGAAGAUGACUCAAUUUGAGGUCAGAAGAUAUGGGUCUGACCAUUACUAAUUCUGUGACCUUGUGCAUGUCAUUUAACUAUGUGACUCAUUUUACUCAUCUGUAAAACAGGGCCAAUCAAACCUGUAUUAUUUACCACACCAUCUAUAUAUGUAAAUUGCUUCAUAAAAAAAUAAAGUCUAUAUAAACAUUA